AUGAAUUCAUCUAGACUAAACGUCGAAUAUUGGUUUAUUCCAAUUGAUAUUCUAAAUAUAAUAUGUAAUAGUUUGAUCAUCGAACUUUCUUCAGUUCUUUUAUUUGUUUUGGCUCUUGAUAAAAUUUGCCAUACAGCUUCAAUGAUGUUAAUUGGCAAUACAUGUUUAAGUGCAUUGAUGUCUGGAUGUUGUAUGUUGAGUAUGUAUUUAAAUACAUUGAAAAAUGAUCUUAAACAAAUUCAAUUUCAAGAUUCAUUAUGUAUUUUUCGAGCAUAUAUUACUUACGUAUCAGGUGCUCUAUUCAUGAAUUCAUUGUUAUUACAAGCUAUUCAUCGAUAUUUUACGGCUAUUUAUCGAACUCGUUUAUAUUUUCAAUCAAUUCAAUGUCAAUUUUUAAUAAUUUAUUUAACAUGGAUAUUUGCUUCGUUACAUCCAAUGCCAGUUGUAUUCAUUGGUGAUAUUCAUUAUGAUGCUGACAAUCAAAUGUGUCAAAUACAUCUUGAAUUUUCCUUUUCAACAAUUUAUAUGUCACUACGUAACUAUGGGAUUCCUACUUCAUUUAUUACAUUUAUCUAUUUUCAAUUGAUUCGAUAUAUUCAUCAAAUGAGUACUCGUGUUAUACAUGCAACCACUUUAUUUCGUGCAAAAAAGGAAUUAAAAAUGGUUCAAUAUACAGUUAUAUUAGUAGUUAUAUCAAUUAUACUUGGUUUUCCAUAG